UAAGACAUGACAGAAAUGUCGGCCGAAGUCCCUUCCAAUUUUGUCUUUGACGAAGAAUGUGAGAAAGUGUACAAUGUUGGUGGGGCGGAAUUGGUGGUCAAAGUUCCAGGCAAGAUGCAGGGACGGGGAGCACGUAAAUCAAAGGGGCUGGCCAAACCACGACCGCUGCAGCAGACCUUGGCGCAAUUGAAUCGAAACAAAUUUAGCUUGGAACAAGUUCGUUACGUGCCAGAUAUGGAAAAACGGGGUGAAGAUGGAACUGACGAGGCUCGUUUUGUUUCUGGAUUGAGUGGCAUCGUCAUGAAGUUGCCAGUUAAGCAGGUCAUUGAUGAAAAUAAUAACCUGGGACAUCCUUUAGAUUUGGACGAUAUAGGCGAGGAAAUUGAAAAACAGUCAUACCGCCUUAAAACAGUGGAGAUCAGUGCUGAGGAUAUGGACGGUAGCAGUAACUCUGAUGAUUAUGAGGAUGCUUCGGAAUAUUUUACUCCCCAGGUAGCUGAGACAGAGCAUGAAGUAGUUCAAACUCCGCAAGUAGCAGAGACAGAGACGAAACUUGUGCAAAAUCGAACUCCACAGGGAGCAAAGACAGAGCCUGAACCUGUGCAAGCUCAAAAAUCAGCCACAAAUGAUGUGCAGGACACUGAACUUGUACAAGUCAAAACGUUUGACACAGAUCAUGUGCGGGCAGCAAAUCGUCGAGUUUUCCCAAUGAGACAGUUAUCGGUCAUCAAUGAUACAAUGAAUCGUGUGAGAACUCCUUCAGGGACUGAUCAUGCUGUGGUGGAUUCAAAAGUCAAGGGAAAUUCUGAGGUUUGCAGCAGAGUGGAUACAGUUGUUGAAGGCGAGCUGGAACAUAUGGAGCAGAUCAUCUAUAAUCUUCAGUCGUACCAGUUCCUGCACCCAGAGGUGAUCUGUAUGUGUGACAGUCUCAAGAAGACGGGACACAAGAUUACCUCAUACUUUCCUGCUCGGACAUCCAGACUUUACACCGAGUUGAAAAGAGUUGUGAAAGGGCAAGUUCGAGGGGUUCAUCCGGCCAUUCCAAAACACUUGAUUGCCUGUGGUGUUGUCACUCUUGAGAAGGAGCAGACCAUUGGACAACUUAGUGCCGUUUCAUCGAAGGCUCUAUCGGAGGCGUUCACAGAUGUCGUAGCAAACGAGGAGGUGGAGCAGGACAGUGAGCCUACCGCUGCUCUACUUGCUGCUGUGUCUUCCAAAGCUCUCAACAGUGCAUUGACCUCAGCAGUCAUAGAGAGCAACCGGCGUCCACCAAUACCACAAGGCAGGGAGACCUAUGGAACUAGUCAACUUGGAGCCAACCCAGGAUCAGUUAGGUCUACCAAAACUGAAGCUCUGCAGAGGAAGAGUGUUUCAUUUGAUUCUCCAUCUGCCCAGCAGCCAGACCAUACCAUUGGAGUCAAUGCACUGAGGACACCUGGGGACAGGAAAGGAAUGCCAUACAACCCUCCAGUAACAUUCACCCUUGAGCAAAAGCUGAAGACGGUGUCUUCGUGGCCACCUUCGAUGCUAGAAGGCUUUCUUAACGAUUCUACAGACCCUGUUGACGCUGUCAAACGUCUUGCGACCAGUCUGGAGACAGAUUGCCGCUUUGUUGUCAAAACUCUGAGAUGCGACACUCGAAGUGAAACUCAUACAUGCACCUGCUCAGUUGCUGGUCGAAGUUUCCCUGUCGGCUAUGGAUUCACUGCUGAGGGUGCCAAGGUUGAGGCAGCAUUGAACGUGUUGACCAACACCAUCGGGGGACCAAGAGAUAGGUUUAUUAAGAUGGAAGGUGACAAACAACCAAUCAAAAAAGAGCACGUCUCUGUUGUAGUUCGGCAUCAAUCAGAUAAUGAUAUCAAACCUACAGGAGCUUGGCAGCCAUCACUUCCCCCUCCACCCAAUAGAAUCGCUUCACCGACGAAAUCAGUCUGCUCACCUGAAAGUACUCCAACGAAGUUACCCCCAGCGAGGCCUGAUAGCUUAUCGAAGAAGUUGCGCCUAGUCGUACGAUACCCGACUCCAACCUUGCAAACAUACCUGGAUGACCUCUCGGACCCGAUUACCUCAGUGUUCCAAUUAUCGUAUUGUUUAGAAAUGAAGCCAAAAUUCAUGAACGAUUUGAUCACUGCCAACAGUCAAGGGGAGUCGCAUACCUCCAUCUGCUGUAUUGGUAACCUGGCAUUCACUCCUGGAUAUGGAGCAGACGUACAGACUGCCAAGAAUGAGGCAGCUCUGAAUGCAAUGAAUGAGAUACUGAGUAUGGCAAAGGAGCAUGCCAAGUAGACAACUGACAUUGUUUUAUGACAAUUGUUUGAUUUGUUCAAAUGCAAGUGAAUGUGUCCACUUUAGUGUCAGAAACAGAACAUUAGCAUUCACAGUGUUGAGAAGGAGUUACUGGUUCAGAUGGCAACAAUAUUGUCCUUGUUGAAAAAAGUCAAGUUGAUGAUGUUUUUCUUGUGGGACGCAUUGUACUUAGAAGAGAUUGUAGUUGUCUUGAUUAGAUUAGGAUGUUGAGUUAUGUGUAUUUCAUACUGCCAUUUUUCAUUCAAAUUCAUUGCAUUUAUUUUGAUACAUUUCUUACCUGCCAAAUAGAAAGUGAAUCUAUUUUAGCCUUAAAAACAGUUUUUGAACAGUUGAUUGUGGGAAGAGACACAAAUAAUGUAGUUUUUGCUGAGCAUAAUACUGUGGUUAGAUGUCAUAGAAUAGGAAUCGUUGUUUUUACAUGUACCUGUUGAUUUUUAUAUAAAAUAUAAACCUUUAUUUUCUUAAGCAUUUUAUAUAGGAUUAAGCCAAUAACUGGUCUGUUUUUGUUGAACUCAUCGGGGUAGCUUUGUCUAUGAAGACCUAACUUGAAUCUUACAGGUGCACAUAAUUAUAGGUUUUAUGACAGACAUUUUCGUUACUGCUUUGAAGUUAAGUGUCAAAUCAAAAGGUGCCCUAAGGUCUUAGACAAAGGGUCGCCAGUAAUUCUUUUGCUCAAAAAAUAUAGGAUUAAGUUUUCUGUGCAGGGCUGCCAACCAGGUACCUGUGUACAUUCUGUUUUAGCAUACAUGUACCGACUGCGUUUUGUGAGCAGUUGCACUCCAUGUUAAUAUCUAUUGAAUUGGACAAAGAUGUGAGAGAUAGGGAAGGCAGUUCUGCCUAGGAAACUUCGCAUUUAUGUUAUGUAAUCUCGUUAUCAAACUAAUCUGUUAUUUUCUGAAACAAUCAUUGCA